UAAUUAUUCUUUUUUUUUUAAACAAAAAAAAAAUCUCAUUAUUUUCUCCCUUCGCCUCUUCCUCCCCCGGAAAAAGCAAGGGAAUAAGACACACAGACAGACACACACACAAAACUUCACCUCCCCCCCUCCCCCCCAGCCGCGCCGGACCGCACGACCUGCAAUCCGCAGGGCGAGGAAAAAAGGGGAGGGUGGAAGAAACGACAAUAUUGGGAGGUUUUUUUUCCCCCUCCUUCUUCUUUCCAUGCCGUUUCUCCCUUUUUGGCCUUUGGAUGUUUUUUGUGUUUUUUUCAAAUCCUUUCCUUUGCCCGCCGGCUUCCCUAUGCGUUUCUUGCCCGCCGGUCGCCCCAGUUGCUCAGCGUCUCCGAGCGCCGAAGCUUAAGGGAAGGACCUUGAUGACUGCAGGAACUGCUCUGGGCCCCCUCCUCCUCCUCUCUCUGUUUGUUAAGAGCUCCUGCGUGUUAAUUGAUGUUGGCCUCUUCCAAGAGUUAAAAGAAAGAAUCUGAGGAACUUACUGUGUGAGAUCACAUUUGCCUUUGUUAGCAACAAGCAAGUGGGAGAGAUAACUCAAACCAGCAAUUUUACUCCUAAAUGGAAAAUACACCCUGUUAUGUGAAGUCUCAGAAGGUCUAGGUGGUAGAGCUCCCGGAGAGGAGAUGCUUGUGGGACACUCAGCUUGAGGGAUUUUAAUGGCUUUCAGGUAGAACUGAAGUGGAGACAAUCGCAAUGAAUUCUAUGGACAGACACAUACAGCAGACUAAUGACAGACUGCAGUGCAUAAAACAGCAUUUACAAAAUCCUGCCAAUUUCCACAAUGCAGCUACUGAACUUCUGGAUUGGUGUGGCGACCCGAGAGCUUUCCAAAGGCCCUUCGAACAGAGUCUUAUGGGCUGUUUGACGGUUGUUAGCAGAGUGGCAGCCCAGCAGGGCUUCGAUCUGGACCUCGGAUAUCGGUUACUAGCUGUUUGCGCAGCCAACAGGGACAAAUUCACACCAAAAUCAGCUGCACUGCUUUCAUCGUGGUGUGAAGAACUCGGAAGACUCUUGUUGCUACGUCACCAGAAAAGCCGGCAAAACGACCCUCCGGGGAAGCUGCCCAUGCAGACACCCAUGAACUCCAUGAAACCUUCCCUUUCACAUAGGUGCAUAUGUGACGGCUGCCAUCUUGACAGACCCCAGAGGUUGAAACGGGGACCUCCAGAGCUGAAAGCCGAUGGAUCAUUUCCUUACGACUCUGUUCCCUGGCAACAAAAUAGCAACCAACCGCCAGGGUCCCUAUCGGUGGUCACGACAGUAUGGGGUGUGACUAACACAUCACAGAGCCAGGUGCUGGGAAAUCCCAUGGCCAAUGCCAACUCCGCUAUGAACCCGGCAGGCAACCCCAUGGCUUCUGGGAUGACGGCCAGCAAUCCUGGCAUGAAUUCCCCUCAGUUUGCUGGACAGCAGCCGCCCUUUUCAGCCAAGGCCAGCUCCAACCAGUCCUAUAUUCAACAAAGCAUGUACGGACGGCCCAACUACCCUGGCAGUGGAGGCUUUGCGGGAAGCUAUCCAGGAGGCCCUAAUAACCCUGCGGGAAUGGGGAUGCCACCGCACACCCGACCCCCUGCUGAUUUCACUCAACCAGCCGCCGCCGCCGCGGCAGCGGCUGUUGCUGCGGCUGCUGCCACUGCCACAGCUACAGCUACCGCAACAGUUGCAGCUCUGCAGGAAACCCAAAACAAAGACAUGAAUCAAUACGGACCGAUGGGUCCGGCACAGUCUUACAACAGCCAGUUCAUCAACCAGCCUGGCCCUCGCGGUCCUGCCUCCAUGCCAGCCAACCUGAACCCAGCAUCCAUGGGGCCGAGCUUGACGCCUUCCAGUAUGAGCGGGCCACCCAUGGGCAUGAACCAGGCCAGACCUCCAGGGAUGAGCCCUUUCACCCAUGGGCAGAGGAUGCCCCAGCAAGCUUAUCCUGGUCCACGUCCCCAAGCGUUGCCCAUGCAGACCAUGAAGAGAACAUAUCCAGGAGAGCCAAAUUAUGGAAACCAGCAGUAUGGACCAAAUAAUCAGUUUCCAUCCCAGCCUGGCCAGUAUCCUGCCCCCAAUGCUCCAAGACCCCUUACGUCGCCCAACUACCCAGCACAGAGAAUGCCAAACCAGCAAAGCACGGGGCAGUAUCCCGCCCCAGCCGUUAACAUGGGGCAAUAUUACAAGCCAUCCAGGCCUCUUCCUGUAGCAAAUUACCCUCACUCACCUGUUCCAGGAAAUCCUACACCACCAAUGACUCCCGGCAGCAAUAUGCCUCCCUACCUGUCUCCUAAUCAAGAUGUCAAGCCACCUUUCCCACCGGAUAUUAAGCCAAAUAUCAAUGCUCUGCCACCACCUCCAACCAGCCAUAACGACGAGCUGCGCCUGACGUUCCCCGUGCGAGACGGGGUCGUCUUAGAGCCCUUCCGGUUGGAGCACAACCUGGCGGUCAGCAAUCAUGUCUUUCACCUGCGGCCGACCGUCCAUCAGACCCUCAUGUGGAGAUCAGACUUGGAGUUACAAUUCAAAUGUUAUCACCACGAAGACCGGCAAAUGAAUACGAACUGGCCAGCAUCGGUCCAGGUCAGUGUCAACGCAACUCCACUCACCAUCGAACGGGGUGACAACAAAACGUCGCAUAAACCUCUGCACCUCAAGCACGUUUGCCAGCCAGGAAGAAACACGAUUCAAAUCACUGUCACGGCAUGCUGUUGUUCCCAUUUGUUUGUUUUGCAGUUAGUACACCGACCUUCGGUCCGUUCUGUUCUUCAGGGCCUAUUAAAGAAACGCCUGCUUCCAGCUGAACAUUGUAUCACCAAAAUCAAGAGAAAUUUUAGCAGCGUGGCUGCCUCUUCGGGCAACGCACCUCUCAACGGGGAAGAUGGUGUGGAGCAGACAGCCAUCAAAGUCUCUCUCAAAUGUCCCAUCACAUUCCGGCGGAUCCAGCUUCCAGCAAGAGGUCACGAUUGCAAGCAUGUACAGUGUUUUGAUCUGGAAUCCUACCUCCAGCUGAACUGCGAACGAGGCACCUGGAGAUGCCCCGUAUGCAAUAAAACAGCUCUGCUGGAGGGCCUGGAGGUAGAUCAGUACAUGUGGGGCAUUUUGAACGCUAUACAAAACUCUGAGUUUGAAGAAGUCACAAUUGACCCCACAUGCAGCUGGAGACCUGUCCCAAUCAAGUCAGACAUUCACAUCAAGGACGAUCCAGACGGCAUUCCUUCCAAAAGGUUCAAGACCAUGAGUCCCAGCCAGAUGAUCAUGCCAAAUGUGAUGGAGAUGAUUGCUGCCCUCGGUCCAGGUCCAUCUCCCUACCCGUCAAUCCCACCACCUCCCGGAGGAACCAACUCCAGUGAAUACAGUAGCCAAGGUAACAGUUACCAAGGCCACAGCAAUUUUGAUUUUCCCCAUGGGAAUCCUGGUGGGACAUCUAUGAAUGACUUCAUGCAUGGUCCCCAGUUGUCACAUCCACCGGAUAUGACCAGCAACAUGGCAGCGCUUGAUAAACCCUUAAGUCAUCCCAUGCAGGAAUCUAUCCCUCAUGCUGGCAACACUGAUCAAUCCCAUAGCUCCAUGCCUCAAGGUUUGCACGUCCCUCAUCCCAGCAGCCAGUCAGGGCAGCCAUUACAUCACAGUGGUCCCCCGACUCAGCCGUCCCGGCAGCCGACCCAGGCCGCUUCUAGCAACCAUCCUCACAGCGACCUGGCCUUUAACCCCUCAGCCGCUUUAGAAGCUCCACCUGGUGGGCAGGGAACAUCUGACAUGCCGGAACCUUCGCUGGAUGUAAGUCUGUGUCAUUCUGUCAUCCGCUUCCCUUCACGGUGCAUUCAAGGAGAUAGCUGGGGCAUGCGCAGUCUGUUUGGGUUGAUUUAUGACCCCAUCGACUGA